AUGACGACGGCAGUAGUUGAGCUGCUCGAUCGACAAAAUCGUCGGGUAAAUGCGCGGGCGCUUUUGGAUUCAUGUUCUACGGUGAAUUUGAUGACGGAACGAUUUGCUCGCAUCUUAAAUUUGCGUACUCAUCCGUGUUCAAUUAACAUCGGAGCGGUAGACGGUCUGUGUACAAUUUCAACUCAUUAUGUGAAGGUCAUAUUAAAUUCUCGAUACAACAAUUUUACACAAUCAUUGAGCUGUUUAUUGGUACCACAGAUCGCCAAUUCAGUACCUCGAGGCGCGUUCGCACGCAAUCUAUUUCAUAUUCCAAAGAAUUUGCAAUUAGCAGACCCACAAUUUCACCUUCCCAAGCCUAUAGAUUUACUCAUAGCGGCUAAUCUUACUUUGUCGGUUCUAUCAAUCGGUCAAAUUAAACUUGUCCAUGAUCAAUCAACGUUAAUCUUACAGAAAACGCGUUUAGGCUGGAUUGCUGCCGGAGGAUCGGAAAAUCCGAAACUCAAUACGAUCGCGUCGUGUAACGUUGUUAAAUUAGAUAAACUCAUCGAACGAUUUUGGCUAAUUGAAGAUUUCGAUCAUGAACCGUUGAAAUCGCGCGACGAAGUUAUGUGCGAGCAGCAUUUUGUCACCAAUACUCAUCGCGAUAGCACCGGUCGCUAUGUUGUACGUCUCCCAUUCAGAGACUCUAAGUUCCAGUUAGGCGAAUCUCGUACCCAAGCCCUUAAGCGUUUUCAGUCGUUGACGAGAAAGCUAACUGCCAAUCCUUCGUUGGGGCUUGAAUAUGGCAGGGUGAUGGAUGAGUACAUCGCUCUUGGUCACAUGACUCAAUGUGAUGAUGCUGAGGGUGGAUGUUACUUGCCUCACCAUGCUGUAGUCAAGGAAUCUCGCGAAACGACUAAGGUGAGAGUGGUUUUUGAUGCUUCGGCGAAGACGUCCACGGGCAUCUCACUGAAUGACGCGAUGUUGGUCGGGCCCACCAUCCAAAAUAAUAUUUUUGAACAGGUCAUUCGAUUUCGCACACAUCGGUACGUAAUUACUGCGGACAUCGAAAAAAUGUACCGACAAAUUCUGGUUCAUCCAGAUGAUCGACAGUUUCAAAAGAUUUUCUGGCACUAUCAGGGUAAAACUCAAACAUUUCAACUUAAUACCGUAACCUUCGGUACUGCAGCGGCUCCUUUCUUGGCCAUCCGCACCCUCCAACAACUUGCUCAUGACGAAGCUCACGCGUUUCCCCGUGCCAGCAAACUUCUCCUUAGAGAUUUUUAUGUGGAUGAUUUCAUCUCAGGAGCCGAUCAUCCUGACGAACUUAUCAAUAUUCGCGAUGAAAUGAUCGCCCUAUUAGCUCGGGGCGGAUUUUCCAUCCGGAAAUGGACUUCUAACCAUAACGCGUCAUUAGAGUCUAUUACAAAACACAACUUGGAUUUAGAUUGUUUAAUUAGGAAUGAUUCGGUUCAGAAGACCCUUGGAAUUGUUUGGGAUGCCCGUGACGAUCUGUUACGGUACACAAUUCACCCCAUAGAUCCCAACGCAGUCGCGACCAAACGUAAACUUCUAUCGGAACUUUCUAAGAUUUUUGACCCACUAGGAUUAUUAGGCCCAGUAACACUAUACGCGAAAGUGUUAAUCCAGGAUUGUUGGAAGGCUAAGGUCACUUGGGAUGAGUCACUACCUCAGGAGAUUCAUACCAGGUGGAGUGAACUGGCUCUUCAGCUUCCUGUGUUACAUAAAAUCGCAUUUCCUCGGCAAAUUCGACUUCCGGGUUCAUUACCAAUUCAAAUUCACGGUUUUUGUGAUGCGUCCAAGCACGGAUACGGAGCGUGUUUAUAUCUUCGAUCGCGAGAUUCACACGGAAAAAUCAAUGUAAGUCUAAUUUGUAGCAAAUCUCGUGUUGCACCUACGGGUGGAGUAACUAUCCCGCGAUUAGAACUUUGCGCAGCUAGCCUUCUUAAGAAAUUAUACACUGCAACUACAACUCAAUUCGAAUUUGAGAUAGAUCAAACGUAUUUGUGGUCAGAUUCCACAAUCGUGCUGUGCUGGCUAACGAAAGCCCCGCAUCUUUUACGACCUUUCGAAUCUAAUAGAGUAUCCGAUAUUCAAUCUUUAGAAACUCAGGUCCAAUGGCGACAUGUUCGUUCUGAAGACAAUCCGGCAGAUGCUUUAUCUCGUGGACAACUCCCUUCGGAAUUUCUUCACAAUUCUCGCUGGAUAUCAGGGCCUGAUUGGCUUACUCUUCAUGAAUCACAUUGGCCAAACACGGUUCUCCCUACGAAUUCUCAAAUUCCUGGUCUGAAAACCGGAAUAUGUCUUAUCUCUCAGGCAUCGCCAGAAUCUAUCUAUUCACGUUUUUCAGAUUUUAAUCGUUUGCUUAGAGUCAUAUCAUAUAUCUUACGAUGGAGAAAUCAUCGUACUUCCAAUCGUGGGCCAAUUUCCGUUCGAGAAAUUGAAGAAGCUGAAUUCCGCGUUCUGUUAAUGAUUCAACGCGAACGAUUUCCCGUGGAGUUUCGAAACCUAUCGGUCGAAGAUACUUCAACUAAGACAAACGUGUCGACGAUCAGGGGCACAUCUUUUGAUCAACUCAACCCCUUUAUUGACGCGCGUGGACUUCUUCGCGUGGGCGGACGUUUAAAAAAAUCAGACCUGUCAUUCGAUCACAAACAUCCCAUUUUGCUGCCCAGCAAACAUCCGGUGACAGAUCUGAUUAUUACGCGAAUACACCAAGAAAAUUUUCAUCUUGGUAUUCAGGGUACCUUACAUAUUAGUCGAUCCAAAUUUUGGAUCUUGAACGGAAAAAAUCAAGUGCGUAAAAUUAUUCAUCAUUGCAUCGAAUGCAUCCGACAGAGGCCGCGGUUGGGACACGCGAAAAUGGCCGAUCUUCCAAGCGUUCGAGUCAACGAGGCUCCAUCCUUUUCGCGAACCGGGGUAGAUUAUUUCGGUCCGAUUUUAAUAAAGGAAAAAAGAGCUCAAAACCGAUCUUUUCUCAAGGCAUACGGAUGUGUCUUCGUGUGCAUGGUAUCUAAGGCUGUUCAUAUUGAACUUGCCACAGACUUGUCAACUGAAGCCUUUUUGACUGCGUUUCGCCGAUUUAUUAGUCGAAGAGGUGUUCCGGAACACAUAUAUUCAGAUAACGGUACAAAUUUUGUAGGAGCGGCCAAAGAGCUUAAAGAAUUAUACGACUUCGUAAAUUCACCUAUUUUUACCGAAGCUUUCGGAUCGUACAUGCUAUCAAAACGAAUUGAAUGGCAUUUUAAUCCGCCAUUAUCUCCACACUUUGGUGGCAUUUGGGAAGCGGCUGUAAAGAGCUUUAAGCAUCAUCUGAGAAGAGUUCUUAAAGAUCAAAGGCUCACAUAUGAGCAACUUAAUACUUUGUUAAUAGAAAUAGAGGCUAUUUUAAACUCCAGACCCUUAUACGCUCUUUCAGCCGAUCCCAAUGAUCCAUUAGCCAUAACUCCGGCCCAUCUUUUAAUUGGUCGAUCUUUUACUGCAUUUCCUGAACGUUCUUUUUUGCCAAUUUCAGAUAAUCGUCUAUCCGUGUACAAUUUUAUCACGAAGGCUAAACAAGACUUCUGGAGCAAGUGGUAUAAGGAGUGCCUUCACGAGAUGCAAGUUCGACAAAAAUGGCAUAAAUCUACUACACAGCUGAGGGUUGGAUCGGUUGUCCUUCUUAUUGAAGAUGCAGUAGCAUGUUCCCGAUGGCCGCUAGGCGUGAUCCUCGAGGUGUUCCCUGGGAGUGAUGGCAUCGCGAGAGUUGCAUCAGUGAGGACGACCAACGGAGUCUACAAACGGAAUAUCACGCGACUUUGUCCCUUGCCAAUUAUUUAAAUAUGAAGUUUUCUUGUCUGAAUCAUAUUGCUCUAUGUACAAAUUUUGAAUCAUUUCGCAACUUCUGCCGGGAGAAUGUUCAGUUCCACUGUCGCCCAGUGGAAAUGACAUAACCUCUUUUCAUGAGGGAUGUUGCGACGGAAAUCGGAACAUCCCUCUUUUUCUUUAACUAAGCGGGGAUUUGGUCCUCUCCGAUUUGGCCGGGUACACCCGAUUGUCUUCGGCGCGUGCGCGGCGAGUAUUUGGAAUUCAAAUGAUUCGUUGCGCAUGCGCUUUGGGGUUUCGGGUGUCUUCGGUUUUUGGAGAUGGGUUAGAUCUCCGUCCGGAAGGAAGCACUCGCUCUCUCUUCAAGUGAAAGUGCUCGGUGAAAGUCACGUUUAUCUUGUCGGGUUCCUUCUUCAUACACAAUCAUCAUCAAACAAUAAAAUCGCAAUCGAUAAAUAAUAACAAAAAAUAUACAAAAAUAAUCGUAGAUAAUACGGUCGUCCUCGCGUUAUAAUCUAUAUUUUUAUAUAAAUAUAACCAUAUUCAUUAGAAUAAUAACAUUUUCAUAACCUCCUGGGUAAUCCCCUGGAUAACGCCACGUGAAACGAAAAUUCACGUAUCAAUAGUGAUAUCGCUACCGUUAGUUUUCAAAUUAAAAAAUAUUUGAUCUAACAAAUUAACCGUAAUUAAUUUUAAGAACAAUUUAAAAUUAAUCCUGUGUGUGAAUCAGUUGUGUGGGCUGCAGCCAAAUUAGUAUAUUAAUAAGUGUAUUGAUGACUUUCGGUUGAUUUCUAAGUAUAAAAUAUAUCUUGGGUUUUUUAUGCCAAAAGGCUUUUUCCCAAAACAAAAAUUGUGUGUAUUUAUUAUAAUUAAUCAUUUCCACAUCAAACAUUUAAUUAACAAAAAUUUAAUGCAACUGCCAUACCAUCUAGGGUAUGACAGUUUAAAUUCCAAUUCUUUUCAUUGUUUUUUUUGUUUUUUAUUUUUUUGUCACUGCAAUGAGUUAUACACAACACAGUCUUAGAUUAUACAAAAUGUUCACAUAUAUUUGAUUGGCUUAAUUUAAAAACAAUACCUUUAUAUUCACUUAAAUUACUGAAUUCAUAGAAUGGGUUUGUACUGCGAAAACUACAACUGAAAAAUAUAAGGAGAAUUCUAGCUGAGAUGUGUCAAGUAACGCGGUGGAAACAAUACUAUUUAUGUCCUCUCUUCCAAUCUUCCUCGUUUCGUCAAAGUGCACGAAGUUUUCGAAGGAAAUUGGAAGGGGACUUCAAAUGGCUGUUUUUACUGGUUAUUUCUUAUUUUAGCGUAUUUCUAUUGGACAGCUCUUGGGUUUGAAGGGUCAGUUCGCGAGGACUGAGGCCAUUGUUUCUAUGAACACGUGGUACAACCUCAGUUUACAACGAGAGAGAGUUUUUCGGGUUUAUUCCAUUUCCAAGCGGAAAAGGAUCAUAAAUCAAGUGUUUUCCAGAAUUGUAAGAUUUGUGGACAGAGAACGGGCAUAAAUUGGAGGAUUACUACAAAAAGUUAAGUGUUUAAUUUGAGUUUCCCCAAAUUCGAGAAAAAAAAAAACUUUGAAUUUGAAUUUGAAUUUGAAUUUGAAUUUGAAUGAGAGAGAGAGAGAGAGAGUCCGGAAGGUCUCGGUUUCAAAUCCCGGUCUGGACUAUCCUUUUUUCCAGUAAUUUUUCUUGCAAAAAUUUUAUGGAGAAUUAUCCUGUUCCUCUUCCUUCCUCGCCCAAAUGCUCUCCAACGACUCCUUUGACGUCACAACAAAGAUGUGGAACGCUAUAUAAACUUCCCGUCUUGAUGACGCCGGGUGGGUUCGGAUGAUGGUUUUUUUUUAUGGCCGGGACUUGGUCCAUGAGCAUUUCAAACGUUGCGGGAACAUUUUUCCAGACCGAAGGGCAUUUUCCUGAGUUCAUAAUGGGGCCAUGGGGACCUGGUGAAAUCGUGAAGCCAGGUCGAGUGUGGAGAAAUACUUUGCCCCCCCGCCCCGAAUUGAUUUGAAAUGUCUGUGAUAUUACGAAGGGGAUACGAGUCGUUAACCGUUUUCUCAUUGAACCCGCGGUAAUCUAUAAUCAUACGCCAUCGCGCUUGCCCGGAGGAAUCGGCUUGUUUUAUCACAAUCCAAACAGGGCAGUUUUAAGGAGAAUUGGAGGGUUUUAUUAUGUCUUUUUCCAAAAGGUCGCUUACUUGUUUUUGAAUUUCUUGUUUAUGAAUCUGAGGGAAUCGAUACUGUUUUGUGUUUAUCGGUAUUACGUCUGUUGUGAUUAGUUUAUGUUGAGCCGCGUUUGUGGAUCCCAAUUUAUCUCUCGGCAACAUAAACUGAUAAGGGAACAAUUGAAUGUCGGCUAGAAUACUUGUGUUUUCUGCAUCGUUGAAAGUAUUCAGUUUAAGACUCUCGGUUAACUUGACGAAUCUAGCAGCAUUCGCUUUAGGUUUUUCCAAUUCUGGAUUCGCGGUUCGGGCUGAGUGAGGAGCAGGUGGAAUGCCUUGAAAAUCUUCUAGCGCAAUGGGCGGAAGAGUGACAUUUACAGGGAUAAUAUUACUGUUUAUCAUACAAAUUUUAGCAGUUCCGUUUUUAACUGAAUCUAAAGAUCCUCCUAAAAAUAUUCCGGGGACAAUCUCAAUACUUGCGAUAUAUCUCAUCUCUUUCUCUUCGUUUUUAAUUAGUAUUGUGAUAAGAGUUCUUGAACGAGGAGGCAAGCGGAAUGUCGCGUGUGGACAAAAGGCAACGGAGUUAUUUCCUGAAUGUAAACGUCCGGGGAUUUCAACGCCGAAUUAUAAGUUAGCUCUAUAUUUAUUGAAAAAUGAAAUUCCGAGAAUACCGGCUUGAUCAAUAGGGAAAUCAUCAGAAAUUACUUGAAAUUGAGUACGCAAUUUAUUAAUUGUUAUAGUGAUUUUACCGAGAGAUUUCAAUCAGAAGAUAAGCAUGACCGUCAUUGAAAUAAACACUUUCGAGGCUAACAACGGGUAUUUCGGAGGGAUCUAUUACUCGGGAUGUGUAGCAGAAACGGUGGUAUUGGCGUGGGCAAUAAGGGGUUUUGCCUGGCUCAUGCAUGGGCGCAGGCCCCCUUUGGAGUUUAAGGGGGCGGUCUGUUCUGGUCUACUAUAGGCGUUGUAGUGAGAAUUGAACCGCGGUCUUCCCCCCAAAUUAGAUCUACAGACGCUUUCUUCGUGACCCAGCUUCUGACGCCAUUCGCACUUGGCCCUCACUCGCUGGGGACAUCUAAUAGAGAUAUGGCCUUGUUGUUGACAAUGAUAACAAACACGGUAAUCAUUGAAUCUUUGAGAGUCACGGGUGUUUGAAAAUGCGGGUGUGUCGUGAGGUUUGGAGGAUGUCUGAGGAAGACGAGGAUUAGAAAAUGUGUACGUGUUGUGUGAAUUGGGGUACUGAUAUGAGUUUUCGCCAUUAUGACUAGUAAAUGUCCGUGCUUCGCGAAUAGAUGAUUUGAUUGGUGCAGCCCGGUCACCCCCCAUCACACGUUCAAGACGGGCAGCGUUGUCGAUAGCGUCAUCGAGGGAUUCUGGAUUUCAGUCUGUAAUCACUGUCCCAUGAAAAACAUUGCGCAAUCCGCGCGUGAACCCUCUAAUUGCAGCCCGAUUUAACAUCGAAUCUACCCCAACCACUUGAUAUUCAUCAAAUUUUUCGUUAGCGGCCUCUUUCCCCCCAUUUAAGAUUUCAGUAACACGGGCUCCAAAAAAUUCAACGUCUUCGUUAUCUCCCUGACGUACAUUUUUUAAUUCGUCUUGGACACGAUCAACAUUGAAAUCGCGAGCAAAUGCACCCUUCAACACUUUAAUUAAGGCUUCUAGUUCACAUUGUCGAACGAAUUCUAUAAGGGUACACGAUUUCCCAUCAAAUUUGGGGACUAACUCGGCAGCAAGUUGCAACGACACAUAUGAGGGGCCUUCGGUAACUGCGAUCGAAGUUUGUUCUUGUACUAUGAGGGGAAUUAUAUAAUCCACGGCAGAAUGCAAAGAAGAAUUGUUAUUUACUGAGUAUUCGCGAAAAGGAGUAUUUUGAGUUGGGGAAUUCACGAUUACGUUAGAGUUUAUUUCCUGCGUUUGAGUUCCAAACGAUGAUCCCGUUAAUGCUGGAAAAGGAUCGCGGGAAAGGGAAGCAUUACUAACACUCGUGCUAGUGUUCAAAACCGUGUUCAAACACCGGAAUUAGAGAAGAGCGUGUUUAAAAAUUAUAUUUCGUAACGAUAGUGUUUUAAUAUUUGAUAACACUUGAAUUAGGGGUCGCACAUACAAUGCAAUCAUUUUCAGUUCGAUUGUUCGACUAAAAAGAAACGAUUAAUGUUAUCAAUUCACUGCACCGUUCUAUUUUUGCUAAUUCUUGAAUGUCUUUUAGAAUUUCACCAGUCCGAAACUACGGUUCCCGAUCGAAACUAACUCUGCGAGCCGGCGAAAAAAUUGUUGAUUUAAUUUUUUUCAAGUAAUCCCACCGCUGUCACCCCUGUUGUGUUGUACCUUUCGGCUAGUUGUUUAGUUCAGAAAGAGAGCAGGUAAAUUGCCCGUGGAGUGCUAAACCACUCUGCCCGCAGGAAGCGGGAAAGGAAAAAAAGAUUGAAAAAACUGCACUUGGUUAAUAUUUGAACUGAACCUUUACUUAAUAUUUGUCUUUUACAAUAAGUUGUGUUCUCUUUGAACGAUCGGAGACGAGCCUUUUUACAAUUAGUUGUUAUUCUAACGCUAGGUUUCGAAAUUUUCUUAAGCCUAAGUUACACCCUAAGUAACAGGUAGAGAGGCAAUCAGGUAAUGAUGCGUGGGUGAAGAGGGUCGCAUGCCCUUAGCUGUUCCCCUUCAAACCCAACCCCUACUCAGUCUACGUCAUCGGUGACGCUGCACCUAUGUGAGAGAAGUGGAAGAGAGGAAAUUCAGAAGGGGGAAAAGGGAUUCUUCAGGAGAAUGAGCGGGGUCGAAAGUUUCGAGCACUCGGCGAAGAGAAAUUAAGGAGAACGGGGUUUUUCCAAGGGGUUUGUGGUAGGGUUUAUUGAAAUAGUUUUGGAAGGGUCUUGAAUUGUCUGGCCACACGCUGAGCAAUUGAAGAAGUGGACGUGAAGGAUUUUAUAUUUAAGGUGCAAAAUAUCUUGCAGCUUCGCAAAUAAAACUGUUGUGUUAUGAUAGCAUUAGGGAUUUCGAAAUGUCUGGAAGAGGUGGAGGUAGAACGAAUGGGUUUAUGAUGGAGUUGGUAUAUUUCAAAGCGUCGUGAAAAGUUUAGAAUAAAACGAAUCGGUUUAUUAUAGGAUUAAAAUAUUUUUGAGGGAUUUUUCGGGAAUGUGCGUAUGGUCAUUGAAAGUGAUUGUCAGGGUUUUUCCCUCUUAAUAUUUAUGUUUUUUAUAGCGAAGCUCUUUAUAUUAUUAUCAAUUCCUGUCAUGGAGAAUAUUUCACACAUCGUAUUCGGCCGGCUUAGCAAUCGACCGAAUACCUGCCUAUACGUCACCUCGUGACAAUUUGUUAUUAUUUCGCACAUUCCUGAUCGGUUGACCUUGUUGUCUACCGUUGUCGCGAAGCAGAUUAACCUUAGCUCUCAAGGUGUAUACAUCAACACCUUGCUGUGAAUAAAUAUAUUCAAUUUUCUACCGAUACCGCGAGUUACAAUUCUUAAAACCCACCCUAUACUUCUGAAUAUUCCACAUUUUUUCUCCUGGAUUCCUUAUGUUAUUAUUUAUAAUAUUGCUUAAUUUGUUAACUUGUGGUUGGAUUUUUAAGGUAAUUCUUAUUCUUACUGUGGGACAUGAGCGCCGCUACGGAGUUACAAGGGAGUUACUAGGGAAUCUAGGGUCGUACACAACACCAUCAAGGACGAUUUAGCACUUAUCCCCGAGAUACACUUGACUGUCUCAGUAUGUAUACAUCAUAACCGUGGGUUUUUCAUUGUUUCAAUGAUGGUAAUUAAAGCUUAGAAUAACAAAUCCCCGAAAUUCUCAUCUCAGGGUGAUAGUUACAGUUUUCUUUUAUUAAAUGAGGUUAUGCUCUGUGCGGUAGAGCCGAAAGAAUGCCAAAGUUACAUAUUUUUGCCUUUUUGCGAUUUUUACGCCUUUUUUGGAAUGACUAACGUUUCACGUGUCUUGCCCGGGUUACGCAAUACUUGUAACCUUGAGGAUGUUGCGUAUAUCUUGUGAAUUCGGAUUAAGAUUAGGGUAUCUGCCAGUUUCGAAUACAAUCUUGCGCUAGUCGCCUACCGAUUCGGUUCUGCACUAAUCACCUUCUCGAAUUGUUUGAGUCUUGUGCCAUUGGCCUUUUGGUAUAUUUCAUAUUCCAAAAAAAUGAGUUUUUAUACGGAUCAUCCGUGUAUUCCAAAUCAACCUGGAAUUAUCUGCAGAUUUUGCCUUUUAUUGUAACCGGUAUUCCUACUAAUUUCUGGAAUAUUGUGUCUGCGUUAUAGCCUAGCGAUUUAUUUCAUUUGUAUGUCUUGGGCCAUUGCGACUACACUUCGCUACACAUAAGUGUCAAUCGAUUCGUCUUUUUGCAUGCGAAUUUAAUUUGCGCUUACGCUACGCGCCUUCGUCGAGAAUCCACCGUGUAUUUUUCUCAUCAAGGUCGUGGCUCCGUGUAUCGUACGUCCCGCGUCCGUCGUUCAAGCUGAUAUGCGUUGUUUCUGCCCUCAGAGCCCCAUCCAUUUCAUAAAUUAUGUUGCGCUAUAUUUUCUGAUAUAAAUUGCGUUUAUUACGCCUUGGAAUUUUUAGUUCUCAUUUGCUAGGAUUACCUUUCAGAGAUAAUUCUGAAAUUAUCGUUUAUUAUGUUGCGUUUGGGUAAAUAAAUCGUAUUUAGCGCGACAUUGGGGUGACCAUAUUUUCUUUUGUUUCCGUUUUGAUUUUUUUUGGUGAUUUAAAUUAAUUGGAUCGGACGGAUAAAACCAGUCUGGGUCUCUCUACGUACGAUACGUCGCAUUCCCUAAAAUAAAGGGAAUGGUGAAUAAUGUUAUGUAAUUUGUCUCUCUAUCAUAAAAACUUUUGGGUUAUAUUUGCAUUUAAUUAUUAAAGUUUGGAAUACUUUAGAAUUGAUUCUAUUUAUGGUUACUUUUACCAUGAAGUAAAUUUAACAUAGCUCUGCAAAGGAAAUAUUAAAUAUGGAUUGGAAUUGAUUUUAUUUUUUUUUAUUAAGAGCCCAGUGACCAGCUGCCAUCCGUAGCACCUUUCUCUCCGCAACCUACAUCUUGAGCAGCACGAGCAGCUACCACCCUAUCCUUGACUUUUAGUUCAUGUUUAUCUAUGUCUACGUUUAAGUCCUAUUUUUGGUUCUUUGCCGUGAUUUCUCCGUUUUGAUUACGUUUUUCGAUUUGUUGUUCUUGUCGAGGCAAAGAACAACUGGUGCCCUUGACAGUAUUCUUUCCAUUUUCGGACAGUCAACGAAAGAGGGCGGGUUAACUGGUCCAUUUUGAUACGAGUAAAAAUCUAAGAUGUUACAGGACGUAUGUACGACUUUUUUAGUGUGUUACAGUGAAAAAUCUGCUGAAUAUAAUGAAGAAAUAGAAGUAAAUUUUCAAAUUAUCUAUAAUGCUCCGUACGUGACGAGCAUUCCAAGCAGACUGUAAUGUCCAAAUCAUCCAAGAGAGUUUCAUACUGUUGGGAAUCCGGCUAAAUUCCAGCCUUCCCUUCCCCCGCACUCAACAACCUAUGACCGCUCGACCCCUGGCCCCAAACAACCCGCUGUUGCCAGGGGACCUUUUGGAAUUUUUGCCUAAUUAGGGCACCACUUUCUGGAGACAUCAACCCCGGAAACACGCCCUUUGACCAAUCGGAAAAGGGUCACGUCCCAUCGAUCAGGAUUGUUCUCGACCGUGACCUCUCCAAAACUCGCUCUCUCGUCGUUUGGACAUCGAUCAUAUAACACGCGUAUCAGUGCGCUCCAGUUUUUUUCACUAUUAGAACCCUCACCGUAUCACGACCCCUCGGUUGCUCAUUAGGUAGCUCAAUUAAAAUCAGUGCAGCUCAUUAUUAAUAUUAUUAUUUUUAUACUCAAAACUAUAUAUUGUAACGUGGUAUUUUACCGCGUUACUGGUUCUCGAGCGUUUCGCGAUUCUGGAGACUGCCACCAGACGGGAAGUCACCUUCAGUGACGAGAGUUUUGAGCAGAGAGAAAAAAAAAUAGGUUUGAUUUAUUUUAUUUGUUGUAUUUUUGAAUCAAAUCACGCGCCACCGCGUUCCCACUGAGGACGUCAUCAAGGAUCCUGGGGAAGCCGGAAGAUGUCAUUAGUCUUCGUGAUAAUUGGGAGGAUAACUGAGCGGUUGAUUUGCCCGACAUUGGAGCCACCAUCCAGGAAUCCUGUACCCGGAAGUGACGCAGUUGUCGUGCACGUGGCUGUUACAGAUCAUUGAAUAUUCAUUCGAAAUUGAUGUGAGAGAAUUAUUUCUCUCAGGGCAUCGGAGGAUGUAUUUAGAGUUACAGGGUGUAUUUAGAGUUAAUGAGGAUGCGUUUAUGCUAUGUUAACAUCGAUCAACUACAAUUAAUUAAUCGAUUGAAGCAUAGCUGAAAUUAAUAGCGCAUGCGUUAUGAUUAAUUGUCCUGUUGCGCAUGUCUGGUUGAGUGGGAUUGGUGACUGAUGACGUUGUCACACCCCCCCCCCCCCAAUUACUUAAUAUCACCGCGUUACCGACCUGUUGGGAAUUUUCACUUGUCGAGGAAAAUCACUUCCUGUUUGGUGGAGAUCGAGAGCGGACCUGCUGUCAAUUUUUGUUGUGCAAAGGACGCCAGAAAUUUAUCAGAGGACGUCAUUUCACCCGAUUAUUUAUUCUGAGGCUGUGGAGCAUUUUGGACGGAUUUGAGGAGGUUGUGGAGGUCCGGGUGAGCGUGGUGGCCAUUUCUUUUAUGUUUUGAAGAAUUUGGUAAAGACUGUGGGCAGAGAUUCUGUUUUUCUUGUUGGUGUUACGUACACCUGUGUCCUGUGGACCAUUGGUCGGAUUGUUUUAGAUUUAGGCUGUAUAAAAAUUUGUUAGCUAACUUUCUAUGAGGAGUCUUGUGACUUUUGUUGGAUGAUUUGUGUCGCAAACUCAUUAUUUUCUCGCCAUUGAAGUUGAUGUCGAUUUUCAUAUUUUCAAGGUCUCGUGACCUCCGGAGUAUUCUGUCUCUGGUUUCGUAUUUAUUUCCUGUAUUUUUGUUUGUUCGGGGUCACGCAGACUUAUCGAUUUUCGCGUUACUGUUCCGAGUCACUGGAUUAUUUUGACCAAAAUUAUAACCUCUCAAUUCUGAUUAAUUUCUCUGACUUUUCCGACAGCGAUUGAGUUUCGUAUCUCCGUUGUUUGAUUUAAUUCCUUACUUUCUUUGGCAAUAGCAGCUUGCGCCUUGGAACGCAGUUGUUCAUUAAGCAUUUAUUUCUGAUUCCUUUGACUGUUUUAACAUUAUGAUUUGAUUUUGUUUGUUGGUUGACUCCAGAAGAUCUUUACUUAGUUCUUAAUUGGACAACAGUGAUAUUCUCUUAUAAAUUAAAUUCGUGUUUUGUAACGCUUGGUCGAUAUCCGGGGAGUUAUUUAAUUAUUUUUUUUUAUUGUAUCGAUAUUAUUUUUUUUUAUUAAACAUUGUUCUCCCCGACACUUUUGAAAAAUGCGUUACUCUUUUCGAAAUCCCAGUUGCAUCCCCUUUCAGCUUCCGAACAUCUGACUCUCUCUACGGAACGAGCUACCGGAGUUAUUGAGACUGAGAGCGGAGAAAGGUUUUGUUUACGGUGGUCAUUCCGUCCUAAUGACCUGGCGCCUGACCGACUUUUCUGAUUUUAUUUUGGGGGUGUUCUGGUGCCAGAGGGCGGGCUAAUGGACGAAGGGUUCCGUGAACCUUCGAAAAUUACGUCACAAUAUACAUAAAUUACGUGUCACAUUGUUUGUCCGCGAUGGACUCUUAAACUAUUCAACCGAUUUCAAUGAAAUUUGCACACCGUGUGCAGUUUGAUGCAACUUACAUAGUAGAAUAGCGUAUACCUUAACUUAUAGUCGCAAUAUCAUUUUAUUUUUAAUUAUUCGUCUAAUAUUUGAUAUUCACACAUUCUAAUCUGUUAACUCCAACUAAUUUUGACAGAUGGCGAUAUCUAUUGACUGGGUUGAGGAAGGAAUCAACAGAUGGCGCUGCUAUGUGAAACCUACAAACGUGUCACGUUGUUUGUCCGCGAACUACUUCACAAAUUUUAAUGAAAUUUGCACACCGUGUGCAGUUUAAUUCAACUUAAAAGAUGGGGUAGCUUACAUCUUAAUUUAUAGCCGCAAUAUUAUUUUCUUGCAAAUUGGUUGUUCAUUAUUUGACAUUCACACACAUUCUAAUCUGUCAACUCCAAGUGAUUUUAACAGAUGGCGGUAUCUAUUGACUGGGUUGGGUAAGUAAUCCAUAGAUGGCGCUGCUAUGUUAAACCUACAAACGUGUCACGUCGUUUGUCCGCGAUGGAUUCUUAAACUGCUCAACCGAUUUUAAUGACAUUUGCACACCGCAUGCAGUUUCAUUCAACUUCAAAGAUGGGAUACCAGCUGUUGUACCAGCUUUAACGUCUUUCUUCGUAAUCAUUAAUUUCAUUGUCCUAAGGGGCUACGGUAGUAGAAAAUCGGUCAUGGAGGUCACCAUAUUUUUUUACAAAUGGCAUCUAGGUAAAAAAGCAUGGUGAUCACCCUGCCUGAUGUUCUCCUACCGUUCCUCCUAAAUAGUUCAGUACAAUGAAAUAUAACACAUACCUUAACCACAGCAACGCGUGGCCGGGUCUGCUAAUUAGACUAUAUUGUAUAAUAAAUUGACAGUUAAAACUCAAGUCGGCUGUGAACCAUUGUGCUACGUAUUUUGCCAGUUCCCCUCAUUCCCUCUCUCGUCGCCCCUCACUACCACCAGUCCCCCUCACCCACUCCUCUUACCCCUACAAGAUCGCUCACCCAACACAUACCACCCCUUAUUCUGAAACGAAACUCAAAGAGCUCUCUGGAAUGCCGACGCUGCACUACCAAAAAGUGUUGCAAAAUCAACUGCAACCUAACAAGAUUCAUUGACCUCAAGGAAUGCCGUACGAAGCACUCGAAUCCAAAACCCUGCUGUUUACGACACCGCCUGUUCGCCAAACUCAGCAGCAGAAUCGGGUCAACAUCCGCCAGAAUUGAAGAAGUAAAAAUCACACCUCCCAGUCCCAAUUAAUCCAAAUUGUUCCGUCGCGGAAUGGUUCAUCGUGUCGGAAUAAUUUAGAUUUCAAAAAAAAGGGGAAAUCCCCACAAUUCUCCUUAAAGGUUUUUCCUGGAAUUUAUUUUAUUGCCAAAUUUAUUCCCUACUAUAUAUUUACUAUAAACUUUUAUUUUUAUCUCUUCAAAAUAUCCCAAUCUUAGUAUCAUAAAGGCCACAUUUUCGAAUAAUCUGGCCUCUUAAUGUGCUCCUUUCCUUUUAGACUAGAGAGUUUUAUAGCAAUUACAACUUCGGACUAUUCUCCAAUUUCAAGAACCUUUUCUGUAAUUGUACCCUCAUUUAAAUUUAGGAAAUAUUUGUAAUUGCCUUUAAGGUAGGAUCAUUUAUAACCUGAUAGUACCCACUCACCCACAGACCGUUCCAACCUUAUGACACCCUUCCCCUUCCCCUACACGAUCACUACCUACUCCACCCUCAAAAUAAACUGACAAAUGACAAUGUCCGUAUAUUUCCUUGACCAAUUGAAAUCCACCACAUUUUUCUGCCCAGUCCACGUGAACUUCAAAUCCACAACUCAACAUUUUUCCUCAACAACUUCAGUACUCAAUCUUCCUUGGCGAUAUCAACAUCGCAGAGUAUCGACUGUUCUUUCGUGAAUACAUUGACAUCGUGUCGUUAUACCUAAGUCUUUUAAUCCCAACUCCGUUCACAGUCCAAUCAUUAAUUGUUAUUUAAAAAAUAUAUAAAAUAAUCCUUUAUGUAAAAUAAAAGUGUAAAAUAUAUUCAUUGUUUAAAGUGAAGUGAUAUUUUUGAUAUUUGUUUAUUAAUUUUCAACUCUAGACAUUCCAACAGUUUGUGGAAAAAUAAAUAUUUUCAAUCAAACUAAACACAAAUUCUUCCGCAAAAAACCACCCGAGGUUACUGAAAGAGCCACUCACGAUUUAGCCUCUCGCAAUUCACUUACGACUUUCUGACGGAAGAGUACUUUUCGGAAUCGAUCCGGGUCUUGUUAGCAAUCGAAUCCUUCUUUGAAGAUUUAAAGUGGCCGUAAUACACAACCGCGACGUAAAUUAACAAGUUUUUUGGGGAUACGGCAUCCUUUAAUCAAGAAUGGAGCGGCUUCUGGCAAGCAAGGGAAUUAGUGGUGAAAUUCGGUGAAUAGUCGGUGUGGCUCAACCCUUUUUAUUACCAAAAACUAAAACUAUAUGAAAUCAAUUAACUCAAUAAGUGUGAGAAGGGAAUCUCCGUAAGUACCUGUGAUAGCAUCCUAAUCAAUUUCUGACAGGGAAAUACAGUGGAUCUCCCAAAGGACACACCAGUAUGUAGAUUGUGACAAGGCAGAUUUUUCGCCCUUCCCCCGCCCCCUAAAAAUACGCCGCUGGAUGGCUAGUUAGUUUUCUAGCGCUGCCGUUGCCGCUCAUAUUCUUUAGUUGAAUCCUCCCCUCUCCCCCCUAACCCUUCACCGAUGCACUCACAGUGCAAUACUGUGUCGCAGAAUCAACCAGUUGCGACUAGAAUUCCCCAGAUUCCUCCUUUCUCUUCCUAGAUUUAAACGCGUAAGGCUCAAUUUAAAUAUUAUUCGAAUAAUAAACAAUUAAAUGACAAUAGUUGAGACCAAUACUCAAAUAAUAUGAAAAUAAAUAAAAUACGAGACAUGUGUGAGAGGAGAGAAAAAUAGAACCAGUAAAUUCCAGCAAAACGGGGAAAAGGCAAUAAUUUAAGGGGAAAUGUUGGAAUAGCUUGACUAAUUGUAACCCUACACUGUAGAAUCUUUGGGGAACAACUUUCCCAUUUUUUUUAUUACAUUUGUGAAACUUAAUUGUCAAUGGAAACCCGUCAAACUCGAAAGUCGUAAAAAGUCCUCCGUGAAAAGGCCUUUCGGGGAAAGGCCCUCGGUAGAAUCAUAACAGGCGGUCUCUCUCUCUCUCUUCCUCUCUCAAUUUUUGCGCACAUGUGCUGGUUUUUGUUCCUGGCUCAAAGAGAGGGUCUGUCUUGAAAAUUUCCAAGUGGAGAUGAAAAGUCCAACCCCCUAACUAAAUCGCUGUGGCUGAUUGGCCUUCCAGUUUUUCUCUCUAUGAUAGAGUAGAGUCAAUGUUGUAUUGGAAUAAACACCAACUAAAGAUUUUCUUGGAGAACCUUCCCAAGUCCAAAGUUCAAUAAAUUCAACUGUGUAAAACGUGAUCAGUGAUUCAAUUCAAACCUUCCCGCACUUGUACAGCAGGGUGGUUCAGCACCACACGGACUACUUAGCUGCCGCCUUUUAUUUCCCCAGAUUGAUCCACUCGAUGCGUAACAACUGUUACCACCCUCUCAGAUAUUAAGAAUGCGUGAGCCCACGUGUCGUUCGUGGGCCAAAUUAUUGGACAGGGAGUCCCCCUUCCAUCGAGAAGACCACAAAGGACUACGUGACGAAUGCGUCUGCCGACACAUCGCGGUCGGACAGCAUUUUGAUAGCGUCACAGUGGAAGUCAAAUUAUAAUAGAAUUUCAAUUGAAGAAUCUGAGAGGAAAGUAGAGUGAUAAAGGAAAGUUAAAAGGAAGGAGUGAUUUGCGAGAAUCCCAGAUAACGUUGGAGAUAUCUGGAAUUUGGAGGAUCUCCCUGUCACUGAGGCAAAUCUCGGAAUUAUUAGUAAUCCGGCCGAGAGGAAUCAGUUGGUAACCA